UAUAAAUUUGAAAAUCAUGGAUGCUACAUGGGAAAAAAGUAGAAUCUUGCAAAAAACUCUAAAACGGGACUCAGUUUCAGUAAAACUACACUUAAUUGUACAGAAAAAACCAAGUUUAAGAAAAGGAGGAAAAAUAACAACAAGAUCCUAGAAGGAGUACUAUGCGUUUUUUUAGUUUUAUUGUGUCUAAAUGUUUACUUAUUUUUCGACUGCGUCGGUAUUGAGAUAUUCGAACAAAAAUCUAUCCCGUGCGUUUUCGAAGUGUUAAAUUCAACAAUAUCUCAACAACAAGAGAAAACAACCCGUUUUUGUUUUUCGCGACAAAUUUUGAAGACAAAUCUAUUUGGCAUUGUUGGCGAUUUUCAUUGCCGUGACUUCGAAUAAAAUAUACAACAGCAAACAAAAAUAAUUAAAUGAACGAAAGAUAGAUAGAGAGAGAGAGAGAGAGAGAGAGAGAGAGAGAGAGAGAGGGAGUGAGAAAGAGAAAGAAAGAAAAAAAACACUUAAAACUUAGUUGAGUUAAUCGCAGUACGUUUACUUUACAUUCAACCAUCCAUUGGAUUCCGUAUGUGUUUACGCGCAUGUGAAAGUUAAUGCAGUUAUAUAAAAUGGUAUAAAAUUAAAUAAAAAACAGCAACAUUUAUAAUCAUAAAUACGAUUAAGAGCACACACCUUCACCUAGACCAAAAAACGCUCUCAGCACCAUAAACUGAUGGCAGUAACGUAAACGAACCUAAAAUAAGUAAACAACAAACCAGAUAUAUACCAAAUAGGCAUACAUAAACUAAAUCUGAAACGAAAAAGGGGAAACAAUUCCAUAAAUUUAAUGUAUAUACAAUUUGUAAAAGCGAAUCUCAGCGAGACCAAGCGAGCAACAUUUAUUGGAAAAAAUGACGUCAAGAUUGGAUCGAUUAUUUAUACUACUGGAGUCUGGCUCGUCCCCAGUUACAAGACGAGCAGCAGCCAAACAAAUUGGCGAAGUUCAAAAAUUACAUCCACAUGAAUUGCACAAUUUACUCUCAAGACUGUUAGUUUACUUGCACAGCAAUGUAUGGGAUACGCGAAUCGCUGCCGCCCAAGCCGUUGAGUCAAUUUUAAAUAAUGUUCCACAAUGGAACCCCAAACCGUCUUCAGUGAAAACAGAAAACUUGUCUAGUCGCAAUUUCGAAGCCAGCCGUCUCACAUUUGAGCAAUUUAAUUUGGAAACUGUAUUGGAGAAAGGGGCACGUCUAAUCGGUUCGGAAGGUAGUGAAUUUGACACAGAUGAUGCCGCAGGUGGUUUAGAUGAUACAAACAAUGGGAACGAACAUGAUCGACUGACCCGCCAACGGAUGCAAUUGAAUGAAAAACUUGGACUGUGCCAAUCGGGGCUAUUGAACAUAAACGACCUCGUUUCGUUGGAUGAUAUGCGAAACACAGCAAAUAAAUAUGAACCCAAUAAGUCUUUGUUACCAGUGCAAGAGGUCCUGAAUUUAGAUUCAAUUGGAUUGACGUCGUCGUCGUCCACAACGGCGUCAAUGAGCUGCCGCGAAUUGAACCGUCUGGAAAGAUUACGGCGAAAAUCACGACAACAACAAACAAUUACGAGCAACAGUGGAACAGCAACCAAUAACAAUGUGACCUCGUCAAGUGCGAGUGGAAUGCCAGCUGUGUCUUCAUCGAGCGCUACGUACAGCAGAAGUAAUUCAACAAGUAAUGGAUCUAUCAGCGACGAUCAACCCGAAACAAAAAAAAUCAAAUUAAAUGAAAACGAUGCCACAUACUCGAUUUCAGAAUCAGUACCAGAUGGUACCGGUGAAUGGACUGAUGCAACAACAGAUUGGCCACUUGAGUCGUUCUGCUCCAAAUUGUAUUUGGACCUGUUCAAUCCGCGUUGGGAGAUACGUCACGGAGCCGCAACAGCGUUGCGUGAACUGUUCAAAAUACAUGCGACAGGUGCCGGAAAAAGUGUUUUCAUGACAGCAGAAGAAAUGGAAGAAAGCCAUGUACGAUGGCUAGAAGACGCUGUUUUGCGUUUACUUUGUGUACUCUCACUCGAUCGAUUCGGGGAUUUCAUAUCCGAUCAAGUCAUAGCACCGGUUAGAGAGACAUGUGCACAGGUACUUGGAAUUGCAUUGAAAGCCAUGCCGACCAAUGUUGUGCAGAGCACAGUCGAAAUAUUGAUGCGGCUUAUGAAACAUAAUGAAUGGGAAGUUCGCCACGGUGGUUUGCUCGGCAUAAAAUACAUGCUCGUUGUUCGAGAGGAUUUGAUGCAAACAUUCUUGCCAUUCACCAUAAACAACAUACUGGCAGGACUUUUCGAUCCAGUUGACGAUGUUGGCGCUGUAGCUGCUUCCACUUUGAUUCCAAUCGCCGGAUCUCUUCCAAAACUGCUGAGUAUCGAUCAAGUGUCAAGUAUUGUAAAAAUGUUGUGGGAUCUUCUGCUUGAUCAAGACGAGCUUGCAUCAGCAUGUAACAGUUUUAUGGGGUUACUAGCAGCGAUUUUGAGUCUACCAAACGCUAGCCAGUGGUUACAAAUGGAGCCAAUGAAUGUACUAAUACCACGCUUAUGGCCAUUCCUCAGUCACACGACGUCAUCCGUUCGAAAAUCCACGUUACAUACAUUGAAAACAUUGACACAAUGCAAUGCAAUAAUUGAAACGACAAAUGGGUCGAACGAGCCGGCGUGUAGCAACGAUAAAAUGAAACUGUCAGAGCAAUCAGCAAGUGAUUUCAAUAAAAUUGUCAAUGUGAAUGCCAAAAAUUUGUCACUUAACUUUGGUGUUAAAGAGUGGCCAUCUGCACUGCUCCAAGAAUCUCUUCGCCAUAUUUACCAACGUGUUCUCGUCGAGCAUGUCGCCGAUAUUCAGUCGAUUGCCGAAGAUGUUUGGGUGAAUUUAGUGACCAAUGCUGAGUUGUCGGCUCUUUUACAUGCAGCGUGUCCGUAUGUAUCGGCUUGGAUGUGCUUGGCAAUGCAACCGGCUCGGCUGGCUUUCGACCCAUCCCUGAUGACUUAUGCAAAAACCAAUGCAACAAAGGAGCGUAGCAAAAGGCAAAAUGAUCUCGAUUUGAGUAUUGGCGGCGAAAAACACCAUCCAAAGAUGUAUUUGGGUGGUAUCGAAACCACUCCGGCUGAUGUCAGAGAACGGAACAUACCACGGGCCCGAUGCAUUGCGGCUAAAAUGAUUGGACUGCUAUCGAAAUAUUUAAUUCUGCCAGCACCAGGCGCUGUUUAUACAGUCGACGUAGAAAGUCCGAUUCAGUGCUACACAAAACUAUUGAUUGGUUAUCUAUCGUCGCGGUCAGCGCUGCAACGACUCAUUAGUGGUAUGGUCAUUUCAUUUUGGGCUGUAAACGAUCCAGGAUCUCGGCCUGGACCACCUGUUCUCCAAGAAAAAUUACAUCAAGUAUUGAAUGAAUUCGUUUAUUACGACGAAGUGGCAUUUCUGCUCACUCGACUACUGCAAGAAUCUCGCGAUUUUAUAGCCACAAUGAAACAAUAUAAAAUUCCAUUCAAUGACUUUGACUCAUUCAAAGUGCUGACAAUCGAUCAGAUUCAGGCAUUAGCCACAACACACACGGAAAAUUUGCGACAAAAACAUCCGUUCUUAAAAACAAAAACGGUCGAAUUGCUCGAAGAACGCCGACGCAGUCUCCAACAGUCACUCGCACAAACCAAUCACGAACAAAACAUCUUGAAUGUGAGCACUUUGGCCAUUUUGGCUGGAGCUACAGUAAACAUGGAAAGUAUACCAGAUCGUCUUAAUCCCGUAGUCAAACCACUGAUGGAAUCAAUCAAACGUGAACGAUGUCAGAUUAUUCAGCAACUGGCCGCACAAUAUUUAGUCAAAUUGCUAGACUUUGUCCGCAAUCGCAAUCCAAAUCCGAUCAAUAAAAUUGUGAUUAAUCUUUGUCAUUUGCUGAAAAGUGAUUUGGAGUUUACACCGAGAAUCAUGGUUACGGAAAAAAUGAUCACAGACUUUGAACCAAAUGAAGCCGAAACCGACAAGCAGAAUCCAUACCACGGAAUGCUUACGUUAACCAUACAAGGUAAAGGCGUCGAUAGCCAUACAGUUUCUACUCCACGUGGUCCUGGUCGACCGCCCCUCAAUGAUGUCACAAUAGAAGAUCUAGCCGAAACAGACGAUCCAUGUCGUGAACAGAAUCGGAUUCAACGCAUCGGCGCACAAUUUGCCAUUCAAGCCAUUUGCACAUAUUUCGGCAAAGAUUUGAUUGAAAAAGUUCCAAUAUUUUGGGGUUUAAUCAAAGACACCAUCAAGAUUAGAGACGAAGACAUUUGUGCAUUUUAUGCGACUGGAAAUGAUCAAAAGCCAGUGAAUUUCGAUCAGUCGAAUGAACUAAUUCUGUGCCUACAAUUGAUCGAAUGCUCUGCAGUGGCCAUUCACCCAAGCUUAUCCGAUGAUCUAUUAGAAUUAUUACCAAAAUUGAAUUUGUUGCUAAAACAUCCUCUAAAGGCGGUUCGACAUAUGGCCGCACGGUGUCUCGCAACAUUGGCUUUAAUCGAUUCGUCCAAAGUGAUGGAUAUGAUCGUUAAGGAUGGUUUAAUACAAUUGCAAACAAUUGAAAAUUUGAUUUAUCGCCAGGGAGCAGUUGAGGCGAUAAGUUGUAUUGUGAAUAAGCUGCAAUUUGAAAUUGUUCCCUAUGUUUUGUUGCUAAUCAUUCCGUUGUUGGGAAGAAUGAGCGAUCCAGAUAAAACAGUCCGUCUGCUAUCAACACAUUGCUUCGCCACACUAAUCCAACUAAUGCCAUUAGAUUCAGUAUCUGAAUCGAAAUCUUCGAUACUUUCCAAAGAUCUUUUAGAGCGCAAGACAAAAGAUGAAGAGUUCCUCGAAUGUUUGUUCUCACCAAAAAAGAUACCAAAUUUCAAUGUACCUGUUCCGAUUGAUGCUGAACUUCGAAGCUAUCAACAGUCGGGUGUGAAUUGGUUGUGGUUCUUAAAUAAAUAUAAACUGCAUGGAAUUCUCGCCGAUGACAUGGGUUUAGGUAAAACGCUGCAAGCGAUAUGUAUAUUGGCAGGUGAUCAUCAACAACGAAUGCUGAACAAAGACGCCAAUUUUCCGAGCUUGGUUAUUUGCCCGCCGACAUUAACCGGACACUGGGUUUAUGAAGUGAACAAGUUUGUGUCGAAUGAAUUUUUGAAGCCAUUGCACUACGUUGGUUUCCCCAAUGAACGCGAGAAGCUGCGACCGAAAAUUUCAUCACACAAUUUAGUUGUUGCCUCUUACGACAUAGUUCGCAAGGACAUUGCGUUUUUCAGUCAAAUUCAUUGGAAUUAUGUGAUUCUAGACGAAGGUCAUAUCAUAAAGAACGGCAAAACGAAAUGUUCACAGGCAAUGAAACAACUAAUAGCCAACCACCGACUUAUUCUAUCCGGUACACCAAUUCAAAAUAAUGUACUCGAGUUGUGGUCAUUGUUUGAUUUCCUGAUGCCCGGCUUUCUUGGCACAGAAAAGCAAUUCUGUAGUAAAUUCAGUCGUCCCAUUUUGGCGAGCCGUGAUGCAAAAAGCUCGGCCAAAGAUCAGGAAGCUGGAGCACUGGCAAUGGAAUCAUUGCAUCGUCAAGUGUUACCGUUCAUUUUGCGAAGAGUCAAAGAGGAUGUACUUACCGACUUACCGCCAAAGAUAACACAAGAUUUACUAUGCGAACUGAGCCCGUUGCAAGAGCGUUUGUACGAAGACUUUAGCAAAACGCAUCUCAACUCCGAUGAUCUGAACGAAUGCUUGGAAUCCAUCGAUCGGUCGAGUGAUGGAAGUGCGUCGGUGCGUAAAACCCAUAUUUUCCAAGCGCUUCGGUAUUUGCAAAACGUAUGCAACCAUCCAAAAUUAGUACUAACCAAAGAACAUCCCGAAUACCAAAUCAUACAAGACGAUCUAGCCAAAUCGAAUCGAACGCUCAACGAUAUCGAUAAUGCGGCCAAAUUACCUGCACUCAAGCAACUACUGUCCGACUGUGGCAUUGGAAAUGAAGCAUUCAAUGGCGAUCCGCUGACACCAAUUAACCAGCAUCGUGCCUUAAUAUUUUGUCAAUUAAAAGCCAUGCUCAAUAUCGUCGAAAAUGAUUUAUUGAAGAAGCAUAUGCCAACUGUGUCAUAUUUACGGUUAGAUGGCAGCAUACCAGCGGCGUCGCGUCAUCAAAUUGUCACAAAAUUCAACAGCGAUCCAAGUAUUGAUGUGUUACUUUUGACCACACAGGUGGGUGGACUUGGGUUGAAUCUUACGGGUGCUGAUACAGUCAUAUUUGUUGAGCAUGAUUGGAAUCCAAUGAAAGAUCUUCAAGCAAUGGACCGAGCCCAUCGAAUCGGCCAAAAAAAAGUGGUCAAUGUUUACCGACUCAUAACGCGAAAAUCGUUGGAAGAGAAGAUAAUGGGUUUGCAGAAGUUUAAGCUCCUCACAGCUAAUACGAUAGUUAGCGAACAAAAUGCAUCGAUGGACACCAUGGCAACAGAACAAUUAUUUGAUUUAUUCACGCUAGCGGAUGAUGCAUCAAAAACCAAUAAAAUUAAUAAGGAUGGUAAACAAACGAAUGUUAGUUUAAAACAAGCGCUAGAAAAUCUUCCAGAUCUAUGGGAAGACAAGGAAUACGAGGAGGAAUAUGACAUGACACAAUUCAUUAAAACACUUAAGUCGUAAUGUGGAAGAAAAUAAACGUUUUGAAUAAAAAGUGUUUUUCAUUCGAAAAGAUGUAGACUUAAGAAAAAAUCAAUCGACCUUGAAUGAAUAAAACGUUCUUGCUCAAUCAUAUAAA